AUAUAGUCAGAGUGCAAAACGAAGUUACUCGAAUUGGCUGAAAUUAGUGUAAUAAACUGUUUCGAAACAUCAGAGUUGUUUUAUGUAGAGUAGACGGUUUUGUUUUUUUUUUCUAUAAAGGAAAUUUUAAUAAAGAAAAAAGUAACACCAUGUGAUUCGAUCAAGAAAGUUCCGCGUAAAAUUGUUAUGGUUUUUUUUACAACGAUCGAGCUGAUAAAAUUAUUAUUACGCGUUUCAAUGUAUUUUGUCAAUAUGUUGCGAAUGCGUAGGAGCUUUCAUUUUUUUCUUCCAUUUUUUUGCGAUAUUGAUUGCCUUCUUUCUCGUGACGUUGAGUGAACAUAAUGAAGAGUAAAAUGCCACCAUUUCGAAGGAAAAAGUCCGGAAAAUCUUUCCCCGUUAAAGUCUGUACUUUGGACGCUGAAUUGGAGUUCAGUUUAGAGUGGAGAUCAACGGGAAGAGAUUUGUUUGAUUUGGUCUGCCGUACAAUAGGAUUAAGAGAAACAUGGUACUUUGGACUCCAAUAUGAAGAUGCCAAGGGAUUCAUAUCAUGGCUAAAAUUAGAUAAAAAAGUGCAAGAUCAAUGCAUUUCUCAACAACCGACAACACCUUUCAUGUUCCUCGCAAAGUUUUAUCCAGAAGCUGUUGCCGAAGAACUAGUGCAAGAAGUUACACAACAUUUAUUCUUUCUUCAAGUAAAACAAGCCAUCCUUUCCAUGGAUAUUUAUUGUCCUCCAGAAGCAUCCGUAUUAUUAGCUUCCUAUGCUGUUCAAGCAAAGUACGGAGACUAUGAUGAAGUCUCAUACCGUCCAGGAAUGCUUGCUAGUGAAGACCUGUUGCCACAAAGAGUUAUCGAUCAGUAUCAGAUGACCCCCGAAAUGUGGGAGGAUCGGAUCAAAAUUUGGUAUGCAGACCACCGGGGAAUGUCUAGAGACGAGGCUGAGAUGGAAUACCUUAAAAUUGCUCAGGAUCUUGACAUGUAUGGUGUAAAUUACUUCCCUAUUAGCAACAAGAAAGAGACUGAUCUUUGGCUUGGAGUCACUGCCCUAGGACUGAAUAUUUAUGAAAAGGAAAACAAGUUGGCCCCAAAAACUACGUUUACAUGGUCGGAGAUACGGCACAUUAGCUUCGACGACAAGAAGUUUGUAAUAAAACCAGUGGAGAAAACGUCGCCGAACUUCGUGUUCUUCUCGCAGAAAGUUCGCAUGAAUAAACUGGUAAAAAAACAGUCAGAUGUUGGCAGCUGGGUGAAGGGUUUGAUAGCUUUAGGGUUGGACGAUCAUAACAAUGACAAAGCUGCUCACAUAUUAUUUGUUAAGAUCCUGGACCUCUGUAUCGGCAACCACGAUCUGUUUAUGAGGAGACGCAAGCCUGACUCUAUGGAGGUGCAGCAGAUGAAAGCCCAGGCCAAAGAAGAAAAAUCUAGGAGACAAAUUGAAAGAAAUAAACUGGCGCGAGAGAAACAACUUCGAGAAGCAGCAGAAAGGGAGAAAGCAGCUAUGGAACAACGUCUUUUACAGUAUCAAGAAGAAAUUCGUCUGGCAAAUGAAGCACUUAGGAGAUCUGAAGAAACCGCUGACCUUUUAGCCGAGAAGAGUCGUGUGGCAGAAGAAGAGGCGAUGCUGUUGAGUCAAAAAGCUUCAGAAGCGGAACAAGAAAUCACUCGUAUACGACUGAACAAUAUGAAGACAGAAGAGGAGAAGGUUCAUCUUGAAAGGAAAACUAGGGAAGCUGAAUUGUUGACAGAAAGAUUAGUGCAAGAAUCAGAAAGGAGAGCAGCGGAAGCUGAAAAAUUGAAAGAUGAAUUAUUACGUGCACGAAUUGCAGAAAAAGAGGCGAAAGAAAAGUUGUUAGAAUUUCUUAGUAGGAAUGCCUAUACUGCUACUAUAGCUCCAGUGCCAAAUCUAUUUCCAUCAACCCAAGUACUGCCAUCAGAUUUGCAAGCUGAUCUUCAGACGUUGCAGCUGGACACAGAACCAUUACCAACUGACCUAACUUCGUACGACCUAAUUGCUGACGGAGACGUCGAUCAGCUUUCAUUGGAAAUUGAAAAAGAAAGAGUAGACUAUUGGGAGAAAAGUAAACACUUGCAAGAACAAUUGAGAGAAUUACGUACUGAAAUUGAAGUUAUGAAGGUUGGUGAGAAACAGUGUGAGUUGGAUCAGCUGCAUGAAGAACAAGUACGACUUGGUGAGAACAAAUAUAGUACAUUAAAAAAAGUGAAGUCAGGAUCCACCAAGGCCAGAGUUGCGUUCUUCGAAGAAUUAUAGUUCGUAUGCUAAGAGAUUGAUAAAGUAAUAUGUUGUAUUGACUCAAAAAAGCUAAUGAAUAUCUGAUUGGAUAUGAAAUUUAUGGAUUAUGUAAAGACACGUACGUAUGUAUACGUUGUAGAAUACUGACACGUACGCUUUACUUCCUUUCAAUGAUGUACAUUUACGUUGUUGUAUACAUAGUGGUAGUACAAUUUGCAUGUUGACGUUUUAAAUGUCCGUGUUUGGAAAACCAGACUUUUGCACUAUCAUCGAAUGAUAACUUCAGUAAAUUUUGUCUUUUUUUACUUGUAACUUUACGUUUGUUUCCAUCCUAUGUAUCUCUACUUGUUUGUUGUGCUAGUUUUGAAUGUUUUAACAACUUAGCAAGAUAAUUAGAUUCUUAUGUAAAGUAUAUGCACAGAAAUCAAAAUUACAGGUAUAAUUACUAGAUGUUAAUGGCUACAUAGAAGUAAGUACGUAAUUUUUGAAGGCAUACAUAUAAUUCUUCUGUUUUUAUCAAAUUUAGACUGCAGAUAAAAAACAAAUGUUUUUAAAGUAUUUUAAUAAGCCCAUAAUUUUACAAAAAAUCUGUACAUAAUUUUAAAAAAGACGAAUGUAUGUAAUGUUUUUUGUAGUAAGCCUGUGUUUAAGUGUAAACCAGAUCAUUGUUAUCAAUUUUUAUGCCAUGAAACGUUACUAACAUGAUAUUAUAUAAUUAGUUUGGUUAGAUUAGGACAUUAGAAUCGUUGUGCAUUAAUUGUGGCCUUUGAAGAAAUGUUCCUAUCAACAUAGUAAAAAAGUCAGUGUUCAAGUAUCUCGGUGAAAAGCUUUCCAAAUGUCCCAGUAUGUCCGUAUUUCAAAUUUAGCACUAAAAACUUUUCCAUGUAAGAUUCGAACAUAAGAAUUGUAAAUAAUCACAAAUAUUUUUACAUAAAAUAAGCGAAUGAAUGAAGUGACCUUAAAAUUUUUUAAUUUGUUGUAUUUGAUAGCAGAAUAUAUAUAAGUAAUUCUUUUACAAUAUGUGCCAUAAUUGUUUGCAGAUAUGUAUCAGUAAUACUUCAAAUUCUGGAAAAUAUAUAAUAUUUUGAUAUGUGCCUUAAAUUAUUUUUUAAUAAAAAGAAAGUAUAAAAGCAAAUUUCCAUUUUGGAAAGCUCUGUAUUCAACAAGAUGUAACACUAGUAUUUGUAGUUCCAAAAAGACAUCAUAAGAUUAUGCAACUUCUGCUACUCGAACACUGAUUAUUUAGUGAUAUGGAAAUACAAAAAUAAAUAUACA